AAGUGAAUAAAUUACAAGCGUAAAAAUGGUCAGUAUAUAAAUACUCGUGUCGUACCUCAAUGGCAGUACAGAAUUGCACCAGUUCUUCUGGAGGUGAGCCGCUGAAUCACCUGUGUCCACAAUCCAUCCUACAUUUCUUCAAGAUGAAAAUUGCAAUUCUUCUUUUAUUGGCGUUGGUGGUCAUCUCCCAACAAUUUUACCUUCGUCAGCCGUACUCGAGAGCAUUUUGGGUGUCACCUUACACGUCCCCUCACGUUGCUAACAAUUACCGACCGCUAAUAUUCAUCACGCACGAAGACUUUAAACCUAGCUUCAUACCAACGGAUGGUGGCAAUCAUACCGACGAUGACCAAAACGAAUUUCCCGAUAUCCAAUCAAGAAUCAGAGGCUUCACAAGUAAUCGAUUCUCUCCGCCGAAUAAUGAAGGACGAUUUUUAAUAGGCGGUUUGGGAAACAACGGCCUCAAUUACAACGGCUACUACAAUACCGACAAGCGUUUCUAUAAAACAUUUACAACCAUAACAACCACAACUAGUACUUCUUUAAGCACAAUAUUCGCUACUUCGAUCAGCACUUUAGUUAGCGUAUCAACCAGCACAACAAUCAGCACAUCCAUCACUUCCACCACCAGUACCAGUACAGUUGUCGUGUCCAACACAGCAACUUUGACCUUAUUGGCUUCACUAGUUAGUUGUGUUCCACAGUUCCAAGUUGUGUUAGGAGCAGUUGCAUGUCCUGCUGGUCGCAAGAAACGUCAAAUCAACGAUUCUGAACAAUUCAUUAUCGCUCCAUCAGAAACACUCGAAUUAACGACGACAGCUCUUCCGUCAUUGGAUGUGGAAGAACAAUCAACAGAAUCGGAUCUACCUGUUGAGGAUGAACAGAAAAAUGUGAACGCAUUAGCUUCGUCUAAAGAUGAAACUCAUCUGAACGAUGGGGAUAAUUUGAGAGACAAACGGUUUCUAAAUAGAUACCAAUUUUCUACAUCUACCAGCACAUCGUUGACAACAUCUACGACAACUUCUACGUCUGUGUCAACAUCGACGUCGAUCAUAACAGUUCCUACAACAUCAGUAACUGUAUCAACAUCCAUUUUGACUUCUCUCACAACAACAACUAUGACCUCAUUUGUGUUUGUUAACCAAACAAUCACACAAACGGCGAAUCUAAUUAAUCCAGCACCAACUGUUCAGUGUGCUGGUGAUGCGGAUGGUGACGGUGUUGUAACCCCCCCCGAGUGCACACCUAUCGCAUGUCUACCAGCAGGUUUGGUCGUGUGCGCUGCUGCUGCUGGCUAAUCGCUUUUCUAAAGCAUUACAGCAGCUAAUUGAUUACUGAGUUGUAUUGACAGACAGAUAAUUGAUGUUUUAUUUGUGUUGAUCUAAUAUUUUUGUCUCGUGAAUGUGUCAGUUUCUUUGCAUUACUUGGUGUUGGCUGAAUAGAUUUUAGAGAAUUCA